AUGAGUAAAGGCCAAGUCGAGGAUCGUAAACGGAAAUACGAUGAUGUUGAGACAGCAAUUCCAAAUAAGCUGAAGAAGGACAAGAAGGACAAGAAAGACAAGAAGGACAAGAAGGACAAAAAGAGAAAGAAGGACAAAAAAGAGAAGAAGGACAAGAAAGAGAAGAAGGAAAAGAAAGACAAGUCGAACAAGAAGAGCAAGGACUUGGAUGACUUAAAAGCUGAAAAUGUGGAUGAGCAAUCUAGUGUAACUCAAAGCUCUGUAGAAGCAGCUCCGGUGCAAGAAAAUGGCUAUGUUCAAAGUGAAAAGCUUUCGCACGUUUCCCAAAGUGAAGUAGAUGAAUUCUACAGGGAGAAUGAAGUCAGCGUCGAAGAUCCUUCGAAAUUAUCCCUGCGUCCGCUCUUGUCUUUUAGUCAUAUUUCUUUGUCGCCUGAGAUCCAGGAUGAGAUCUCCAAGUUCCCCAAGCCCACACCAAUCCAGGCCGUAUCCUGGCCUUACCUACUGUCUGGCAAGGAUGUUGUCGGUGUUGCUGAAACAGGGUCCGGUAAAACUUUUGCUUUUGGUGUUCCUGCCAUCCAUAACUUGAUGAACGCAGGAUCGGAAAAGAAGGGAAUUCAAGUGCUGGUAAUUUCUCCAACGAGAGAACUGGCCUCUCAAAUUUACGACAACUUGAUUUUGAUCACUAAGAAGGCUGGUGUUCACUGUUGUUGCGUGUACGGGGGUGUCCCCAAGGACGAGCAAAGAGCUCAGCUGAAGAAAGCCCAAGUCGUCGUGGCUACUCCUGGCAGAUUGCUCGACCUAAUCGACGAGGGCUCUGCAAGGCUCUCCAAUGUCAGCUACUUGGUUUUAGAUGAAGCUGAUAGAAUGCUCGAAAAGGGUUUUGAAGAGGAUAUCAAGAGGAUCAUAGGAUCCACCAAGGCCACCGGAAGACAGACGCUGAUGUUUACUGCUACAUGGCCCAAGGAAGUUCGCGAGCUUGCGAGUACCUUUAUGAAUAGCCCGGUGAAAAUCUCGAUUGGGAACAGAGAUGAGCUUUCUGCUAAUAAGCGCAUUACACAAAUUGUUGAAGUAGUCGAGCCUUUCAAGAAGGAACGCAAACUCCUCGAACUUCUGAAGAAAUAUCAAUCAGGCGCGCGUAAGAAUGAGAAAGUGCUGAUUUUUGCUCUUUACAAGAAGGAGGCUUCUCGCGUGGAAAGAAACUUGCAGUACAACGGUUACAAGGUUGCCGCAAUCCAUGGAGAUUUGUCUCAACAACAGAGAACCCAGGCUCUAGGGGAAUUCAAAUCAGGCGUCUCCAACUUAUUGCUUGCAACUGACGUUGCUGCUAGAGGGUUGGAUAUUCCUAACGUCAAAACGGUCAUCAACCUGACUUUCCCCCUCACGGUCGAGGAUUACGUCCACAGAAUCGGAAGAACUGGUAGAGCAGGCCAAACUGGUACCGCCCAUACUCUUUUCACCGAGCAAGAGAAGCACCUAGCUGGCGCUUUGGUUAAUGUUCUCAAUGGUGCCGGCCAACCAGUCCCUGAGGAGCUCAAAAAAUUUGGUACGCACACUAAGAAGAAAGAGCACAGUGCUUACGGUGCUUUUUACAAAGAUAUUGACACUACUAAGAAGGCCAAGAAGAUUACCUUCGAUUAG